AUGUGCUUGAAUAUGACAAAACCAGCUCUCCUCAAGUUAUUAGUGGUGAUAAUGAUCAUGUUCAUUUUAAUUUUGCCAGAAUAUUUCAAGACAUCCAAAGGAAAUAUUAUGGAACUAUCCUGUCUUGACAUUAGUUUACUAAAUAACUUCACUUAUCCACUCCCUGAAUUCAACAUUUCUUUUGUGAGCUUCCUGCAACAAGAAAGGGAAUAUGAGAUUAUUGUUCUGUCAAUUUCUGCAAAGCACUUCCAAUUUCAUAAUAUGUCUAAGGUUUGUCCAUUAAGCCCUGGUGAAUUACAGCUGUAUUCUUCAUGUUUGAUGUGUGAACCCAAAGGAACUGUGGAUUUUAUUCAUCAAGAAUUAUCAACCAAAGCUUCUGAAAUGAAUAACUCAAUGGAAAUGAAAGCUGAGCAUUUUCAUCCACUUCAUGUACUUUUCAACUUCACUGCGGUUCCUGUCAUUGAGGAUUUGGGAGGAUAUGAUACAACCUGUAUACUAAAACUCCACCUUAGCAACUCAACUUUCAGGAAAGACCCAAUGAAAGGAGCUUUGCUAAAUAGCUCUCACAGAAGUGUGCAAAGCCUCAACAGCUGCAAUUUGGUUUCUCUACAACUUGAAAUGGAGACAGGAAAUUCUCCUUGUACCAUGAGGAUAACCUGGUAUGUUUUAGUUCUAUUAGUUUUCAUAUUUCUGAUCAUCUUCAUUGUCCACAAAAUAUUCCAAGAAAAUAGAAGAGUUCGAACUUGGCAGAAUGAUAAGUACAAACGAGCCUCCACUCUCUUAAAAGGAAAUGAUUCUGGGAAAUUGAGAGAAAUGUUAAAUAUCCAUGUGGUUUCAGGAACAACCAAGCAGAGGGGGUCCUCUACUUUUGCAGAGACAAAAGAAGUACUUCCUCCCAUAUCAGAAGUAGAACAUUUUUCCUACGAUGAAUCGGAAAGAUAAAUAUACACAGUUAACCUUUUGAGGAAACCAAAGGAGUAGACUGACUGUUCUGGUCAAUUUGGACUUACUCUUUGGAAAAUACUUAUGGUUUUUCUUCACUGGAAAAUAUGGGCCUUGCAAAUAUAGUUUAUCUUGCUUAGAAUAUUCAUUAAAGCAGUUUAAAGAACUGAAUAAACUGCUGAAAAAAUAUCUAAAGAAUAACUAUUGACCCUUAGGAAGAAGAGAAUAGAUAAUUUCUUCAGCAAGUUGAGUCAUGGAAAAUCUGAUGAAAUACAAGGAAUGAUAAGAGCAUUCUUAUUAUCUUCAUUUAUUAAUCAUAGCACAGCUGAUUUCAACUUUGAAGAACCAGAGACCGAAUUGAUAAUAUUCCCAGAAAGAUCCAUGAUUCUGAGGUUUGCUUCUUCUGACAGUCCCAUGAUACUAGUUUGUUAGUCUUCAAGAACAGUGCAAAUGCCUACUUCUGUUUAGGCUUCUUCAGACUGAUGGAAUGGAAAUGUUCCUACCUGGCACAUUAUUUAUGGACUCAUCUGUUGUUUAUUUGUAAAUCUGUUUGCAUUUGUAAAUCUCAUCAAUUUAUCUAGAUGACUUUUGGGCACUGGGGAUAUUUAAAAACUCAAG